AUGACCAUAUACGGAUCGACUUCUACGAUACGAAAUGCUCUAACGAGCACACUGCUCGGCAUCAGUGCGUUCUUUCUAUCCAACGACAACAGCGCAGCAUGCAGAACAGAUGAAGCCCUCAACUGGAGAGCGGCAGCAAAUCGUUACAGAUGUCGGACUAUCAAACUGCUGAGGGACGCCGCCAACAACGACUUCCACUCCAAGUCAAGGCCUAAAUACAAGGAUUUUCUGGCGACGACUCUCUCGAUGAUUACUAUGAACGUUAUCUCGGGGGACACGGAGACCUGCGGUAUUCAUUUAGACGGGGCCUUCAAUCUCAUCAACCAGGCGCGGAAAUGGAAGAGCAAGUACUCGCAUAAAGCCCAGUCUCUCCAUCGCAUAUACUUCUACUUACGGGCAAUCUUCGAAAGCACGGCUCCAAGGCUUCAUCGUGCGAGUCGACGGUUCCUGUCUUCUGUCGACACUGUCGAUGUUGAUACUGACGCUGGUUCGGACGACCAAGAUGACGUCUUCUGCCAGAGACUUCUCUACAACCAGAUGUUGGGAUACAAGUCGACUUUGGACCUAGACCUCGAGACCCGCAUCAGCAAUUGCGAGAGAAUCUACGGCAUACCACAUACUCUGCUCUUCCUGUUGACCAAAGUCAUUGGUCUGAUUGACAAAUUGUAUGACGCGAAGGAGGCGAAUCCUACCGCAAUCAUACCAGAUCACCUCGUCGACGAGUGUGACGACUUGGAGAAGAGCAUCAUGGACUGGCCCACCAACGCAUGUCUCGAGCAAUGCGCCGCACAGGCGAUCUCGACCAAGUCCAAGAUCAUACACCAACACACCAUCGCCUUUCACAACGCGCUCGUGAUUUACUUUGCCCAGCACGUGCGCCUAGUCGGUCACCGAUUCCUCCUGCCAUACGUCACCGCCGUUCUGGAGAGCAUGGAAGCCAUAGAGAGGCUUAAGUCGGGGACGGAGGCGCUGGCUGCGCCGUUGUACUGGCCGGCUUUCAUCGCGGGCAGCGAAGCUUUUGAUGAGGGGCUGCAGGCUCGUUUUAGAUGCUGGUAUGAGCAUGUGGAGGUCUACAGGAUCGAGGCGCUGAGGACGGGGGUGGGGGUUUUGAAGGAGGUUUGGGAGACUGGCCCUUCGGCGAGGAAUAGGACAACGAGCUACUGGCGGGAGAUUGUGGAGAGAUCAGACGUACGCUUGAUGUUGAGUUGA